UAUCAAGCACCCAUACUUUACUCCCUCACCUCAUGAACAUACAAAUGCCCUAACAACCCGAAGCCAUCCUUAUAUCUCUCACCACGCGUCACUGCCUGCUCGUAGUGAUCACGACUUCGACGCGGGCUACGUCCUAUUGCUUCCGCUUCAUUCUCACCUACAUCUGAACCGUGGUGAGUCGAUCAUGUCUGAAUUGCAUCACAGCUCGUCCAUGUCAACUGCGGUCAAUCCGACAAUCACACAUGUUGGAGCGGGCUCCGGCCUACCGCCAGACAAAGCGUAUUCCGACAUGGUACCAGAGCACGAGGCUACAUUCAAUGAGCGAGCCUUUAGCGCCUUCCUUGAUGUCAAACGCCCGGAAUCGCUUUUGAGAAGAUCGUCGAGCAUGCUCACGUUAUAUUCGCAGCGACAAUACGAUGACUAUUCCCCAGGCUGUGCUAAGGCAGAUUUCGAUAUGUACGAAUUGAAGGACAUAACACAAGAUAAUGGCUCCCCGUGCCUGGAUAGUACUUCACCACACCUCUUUCACUCAUCAAGUCAAUCCCGCAAUCCCGAUUCUGAAGCUCACCCAGAGGCAAUGCAAUCACACCGUGUCGAUGAUACAAAGCUUGAUGACCAGAACUAUACGGGCUCGUGGCAAUCGUGGCGGGAGUGCACACCCGAUGACUUCUUGCUGCAGUCUAACUCACUGUCGCCCGAACCAUGGUAUUCCACGACACCAAGAUCCCAUCGGGGAUCUAAGGCCCGCACAGAUGGUCAAGGUACGCCGUUGAGAUCAAGCUUGAAAAACAAGUCUCGGACUACCUCCACCACGCCUACUGAGGAACUAUCCCUAGACGCAGCCAUUGCAAGUUUACGACGUGUCAAGACGGUUAAUUUUGAAGAUACAAUGGCUAUGAAAACCGUCUCACUGCUGCCUCUAAACUCCAAGCUUGUUGAAUCUGAUGGCGAUCUGGAUCAUGCAGAGGAAGGGAGAGCGUCAGAUUCCGCAAAAAACGAUGAUCGGUCCCCCUUGAAGCCUGACCAAGGGCUUUCAUAUACAUUUCCGCGAACAAAAAGCACCAUAGCCGACAUCGAAAUCACCAAGACCAAUGUUCAUUGCCAUAUCAACGUGGAAAUCCCGACAGACCUGGACACAGACUAUUUUGCAGUUGUACCUGGAGAAGAUCUACCCACCGGAAGCAAAGCUCGGGGUGAUCUAAGGAGCUCUUCAGCUAGCCAAGUUUUAGAGAGAUAUGGGUCGCCGACAUUACAUAGCUUAGAAAAGGCCAGCGCUAGAUUGGCGAACAGCUCAUUUCGCAACUCUAGCCAGGACCAUCAAUUCGAAUUGAAGAAUGUCGUGCUCCCAUACGAGGAUGUUGAUUCCGACUUUCAAGCAGUCAGGCGAAUAGGUAGCGGAGACGGUGCAACGCGAGCGCCUCCAAACAGCAAGAUAGCAAGCGCAAAGCCAUCUCGUCUUCCCUCCCAAUCGACCGGUGAACACUUCCAACGAACGAGAUCUUACGACGAGACCAAUGCAAUUAGAUCACCUGGAGAUCGUAACACAUUUAGCGAACAAACCUUUCCUCUGGAAGUUGUGUUGACACACCCUGCUGGGGAUCCUGAGCCUAUAUUCCGCAUGAAUGACGAAUACAAUAAUACCAUCGAAGAGGACCCCCUUUUUCGAACCCUUUCCAACAUAGAUGAGCCUGACAUCAAAUUCCGCGGUCAUCGCGAUUCGGUUACACUGGAGCGCAACAGCGUACUCAGAAGUCGGCGUGUGACUCCAGAGCUUCUGGCUUAUGGCGAUUCCAUAGCAGAUGUAAGAAAGAGAAUGCACGUACGGAACCAUGCAGCCUCCGAGUCGCGCAGGAUUUCUUCACGUCCAAUGCCUGCUACCAUGGAAUCUUUCGGAUCACUGGAACAUGGGUUUUCAAGUUAUGUUAUCUCUCGAGGGACAAUGAAUGGACUCGCUGCGAAAAGGGUUGAUUAG